UGGGCGUAUUCGGGGGUUAAUUUUUCGUUAGCAAGCAGUGGGGGGCCUGAUUGUGUCACAUUUCUCACGGUUGAAAGAAAAAUCUUGGAAACUGUUUUGAUUUCAUUUCUUUCAAUUUUGCAAAUCUCUUUUGCCUGGUCAGACAUUAAAUCAGCUAGCGUUAAUUUUCAAAAUGUGGGCAAGGUUGAUGAUCGGAUCAGCAACAGCAUGAAUAAAUUUUUAGCGUUGUUGAGCUUGGCCUUUGGAAUUGAAAUUGGUUUCAAGUUGUCUACAAGGCAAGUUAUUUGGCUGCUUAAUCCAUGCCACAUGAUCACAAUGGCUCAGAUAUUUCUCCUUAGUGCAACACCAAGCAAAACUUCGUUAAUCAUCUUCCGAUUGCAUUUAUAUUAUUUAAUCGGCCCUAUAAUAGCUCUCAUCAUUCCAGUUGUUCAUUCUAGAAAAUUACUGCUUGAAAGAGAGAUGUACUUUAUUCAGCAUGUUCUCAUCUUAGUUGCACCUUACUUCAUAAUGAAAAAUAAAGCUUACACAGUUGAGAGAAAAAAUGACAUGAGUUGGCCUGUGAUGGCGCAGGGCCUUGUCUUCCUCUUCCAUUUCACAGUACUACAAGCUCUCUCCAUUCUGACACAGGUGAACAUAGACAACAUAAUUUGCCCAGCAUCAGCUGAUCCAUUUUCAGGUCAGUGGUACAGGAUGGUCGGUGUUGCACAUCAAACCUUUCUCAUCACCAUUACUGGAAAACUU